AUGCCACAGGGAUGGGGUGUGGAUCGACAUUGCGAGGUGGGGCCAUUCAGAAGUAGAGCUGUCGUCAAGGUUGGUGCUGCGGGCGGGGCAGUUUACUACAGUAUCUCCAAAGGUGUUUGGAGUUCAUCGUCUGAAGGUGCCGAGGUGUAUGAAGAUUUGAAAACAUAUGUGGUCCCACAAGUGUCCGAGGCCGUUCAGAAGCUUCCAUAUGAAGCCUGCCUUAAGUGGAAUGAGUGCGUGAAGUCGUCCUUUUCGCGGUUGGGCUCGAUGUCAUCGACCGCGGUUUCUGAUUAUGUAGCCGGUGCUUUGAAAAAAGCCGGAAUGCGUAGUGACUAG